CUCAUCUUCCCACGCGGCUGAGCUCCCCUCGAUCUUUCACUUCAACCAGAGCUCACAACAUGUCACCAAUGAUGGAAGACGACCCAAUCGACGCCGAUCAAGAUGGUUUCAUGCUACUACAGCACGGCCAUAGAGACAUGGUCGAAGCAGUAGCUUUUAAUAGCUAUGGAGACCGAUUCGCAUCCGGUUCCGUUGACGGCAAGAUUAAGGUCUACAAUCGACACCGGGAUAUGAGUUGGAAUCUGUGUGAUACUUGGGGUGCCCAUACUGCCGAGAUAUUACAGAUCCAAUGGCUCCCAACCGCCAUCCACCCCUCCCUCCUCGCCUCCAUCGGCACAGACGGCAAAUUCAAACUCUGGGUCGAAGACCCAACCCUCUCCCCUCAAAAAGGCCGCCGCUUCAACUCACACUCCUCGAAACCCGUCUUCGAGCUACGCUCCCCGUCCCGCUCGCCCUUCCUCUCUUUCUCCAUCUCCCACAACCCGGAAACGCACCACACCUACCUCGCGCUCAUCAACCGCUCCGGCGUGCUCGUCGUCUGGGAAAACGAAUUUGCCGAGAAUCUAGAGAGCUGGACGGAAGUCGAUAGCGUGAAUGUCUGCGAGAAGCCGGGGCGGGGCGAGGAGACCAGUUUCCGGGUGCAGUUUGACCCGAGUCUCGAGCCGUGCUAUACCGCGCUGCGGCACGGGGUGCCGCGCGAUGCGCUGGGGAUCGUGGUCGCGAGUAUGGAUCGCGCGAGCAUCUGGCGCACCAAGGAGGUUAGCCAUAAUGUGAGUUUGGGGCAUAGUUCGAGUAAGGAGCUGUACCUGGCGGCGGAGCUGAAGGGGCACAGGGGCCUGGUGAGGGAUGUGGCGUGGGCGAGUGGGAGUAUGAGGGGGUUCGAUGUGGUGGCUACGGCGUGCAAGGAUGGGUUUGUGAGGGUGUUUCAGGUUGCGGCUACGGAGGGGAAGGGGAGGAGGAGUCGGUCGAGGGUGGCGGAGAGGGAUGUGUCGCCGCGGAGGAGGGAGGAGAAUGGGGGCCAGCGGAAUGUGCCGAGUGGGAUUGGGGCGGGGUUGGCGGGGGCGAGGCAGAGGCCGGAGGAGGGGGUAAGAGAGGGGGAGGUGAUGCAUGUUGCGAAGGAGGUGUCGAAGUUGGAUAACAAUAAGAUGCCGGUCUGGAGGCUGCAUUUUGACGCUGAUGGGCAGAUGUUGGCUUCUGUAGGAGAUGAUGGGAAGUUAUUGAUGUGGAGGAGAGAACCGAAUGAUCUAAACAAGCGAAUCUCAUCUCAGGAAAGCCCGCCUGGUUCAAUGGAUAACCUGCCACAUUAUCCAGCCAGGUAG